UUGUUUCUCAGGAAGAUUUCACUUUCAUGACAACAUUAAAAGACAACAUCACACAAAAUGAAACAGGUCAUUAUGAAAUGCCUUUACCAUUCAAAGUUUCAAGACCAAACUUACCUAACAACAAAGUAAGUGCUUUACAUCGCCUAAAGUCUCUUGAAAGAAGAUUAAGGAAGGAUAAAGGAUAUUAUGAAGACUAUGUUAACUUUAUGACUGACAUUAUUUCACGUGGAGAAGCAGAAAAAGUCCCUGAAGAAGAAACUGAUAACAGUCCAUCCUGGUACAUACCACAUCAUGGAGUCUAUCAUCCACACAAACCAGGCAAAAUAAGAGUGGUUUUUGACUGUUCAGCUAAAUUUCAAGAAACUGCCCUCAACGACAAUUUACUGACUGGUCCUGACCUGACAAACACAUUGUUGGGUGUCUUGUGUCGCUUUCGAAAGGGACCUGUUGCAAUUAUGUGCGACAUUGAAAGAAUGUUCCACCAGUUCCACGUGAGAAAGGAAGAUCAAGAUUACCUGAGAUUCUUGUGGUGGGAUGAUGGCAACUUGGAUGUCUCACCCUCCAUUUAUAGAAUGAAAGUCCAUUUGUUAGGAGCAGCCUCAUCCCCUGGCUGUGCCAAUUUUGGCUUGAAACAUCUUGCAGUCCAAGGACAAGGUCAAUGCAGUGAAAAUAUUCUACAUUUCAUCCAGAAGAACUUCUAUGUGGACGAUGGCUUGGUUAGUGUCCAAACUGAAAUUGAAGCCAUUCAACUUAUAAAAGAAGAAAGAGAGUUGUGUUCUACAGCAAAGUUAAGACUCCACAAGUUUGUAUGCAACAGUAAAACUGUUAUGUCAACCAUUCCAGAGCAAGAGCAAGCGACUGUCAAGAAUCAGACCAUGGAUUUGAAUAUGCCACAUAUGGAGUAGAAUGGUGUGUGUCAUCAGACUUGUUCAAAUUCAGAGUUCAAGUAAAAUCAAAUCCAUUCACAAGAAGAGGAGUACUCUCAACUGUAGCCUCUGUAUAUGAUCCUUUGGGGUUCAUUGCACCCUUUGUUCUUUUGGGUAAACAGAUACUCCAGCGAAUGUGCAAAGACAAGAUCGACUGGGAUAAUGAUCUCCCAGAGCAGCUAAGACCGCAGUGGGAAUCCUGGAUCAGGGACUUGUCGACACUUGCUGAAAUGCAAAUACAGAGAUGCUAUACCCCUUUAGCUACUGACAAGGUCAAAAGGUUUGAACUUCAUCAUUUUUCUGAUGCAAGCAGUGCUGGAUAUGGUGAAUGUUCCUACUUACGAGUUGUAAGUGAGUCUGACGAAAUUCACUGCAGUCUAGUUAUGGCAAAGUCACGAGUUUCACCAACUAAACUAACAACCAUUCCAAGACUUGAGCUAACAGCUGCUACCGUUGCAGUCAGAGUCAGUGAUAUGCUCAGAAGGGAGCUAGAACUCCAAGAGUUCUUUUGGACUGAUUCUACAGUGGUUCUUGGCUACAUAAAUAAUGAAGCCAAAAGAUUUCAAGUGUUUGUGGCCAAUCGAAUACAAAGAAUUAGGUCAAGUACAAAACCUGAACAGUGGGCCUAUGUGGCUUCAGAGGACAACCCAGCAGACCAUGCCUCUCGAGGUUUGAGGCCGGAACAACUCAAGAACUCUAAUUGGUUCACAGGUCCAAUGUUUCUCUGGCAAAGUACUUUACCUGUUAGAGAGUCCAUGGUGGGAGAAAUUAAGGACGAUGACCCCGAACUCCGAAGAAUAGUGUGUAACACGACAACACAGAAAACGCCAUCAUUCGUAGAUCAUUUUCAGAAAUUUUCUGAUUGGACAAGACUGGUGAGAGCAAUUGCCAGAUUGAGGCGAUUUAUCAAGGAAUUCAAAGAAAGGAAGCAAAGAACAACAACAAGCACAAAUUUGGAAGAAAGAAGAAAUGCAGAAAACCUGAUCAUAAGACUUGUUCAAAAUGAAGCAUUCUGUAAAGAUAUCAAGACUUUGACGUCAACGAAAACAAUCACAAAGGCUAAGGACAGUAAUCUGUGGAAGUUAAGUACAUUCUUAGAUGACAAAGGCAUUCUGAGAGUAGGAGGACGCUUAAGUCAAUCUACACUACACCCAAACAUUAAGCAUCCAGUUAUACUACCCAAGAACAGUCAUCUUUCAAGGUUGCUUAUUAAACAUUUCCAUGAAAGAGUGCGUCAUCAAGGAAGAGGAAUGACAACGAAUCAUCUGCGAGCAAAUGGCUGGUGGAUCCUUGGGUGCAGUAGUGCUGUCUCAUCAUACAUUUAUAACUGUGUUAAGUGCAGAAAAUACAGGAAAUGUACUGACAAACAAAGAAUGAGUGAUUUACCUCUAGACAGAACAGAACCGUCACCACCUUUCACUUACGUUGGGAUGGACUGCUUUGGACCUUUCCUUGUCAAAGAUGGAAGAAAGGUUUUCAAAAGAUAUGGCCUUUUGUUUACAUGUUUAUGCUCCAGAGCCAUACACGUUGAACUGCUUGAAGAUAUGACGACUGAUGCAUUUCUCAAUGCCUUGAGAGCAUUUAUUGCUAUCAGAGGAAAUGUGCGUCAACUAAGAAGUGACAGAGGUACUAAUUUUGUGGGUGCAAAGAGAGAACUUGAACAACUAAUGAAAGGGAUGGAUCAAGACAAAAUGAAGGUUCUUGGCUGUGAGUUUCUUUUGAAUACUCCAUCUUCGAGUCACAUGGGUGGGGUUUGGGAAAGACAGAUAAGAACAAUAAGAAGUGUUCUUACUGCAAUUCUUGACCAGUCUGCACAAAGACUAGAUAGUGCCUCCUUACGGACCUUUUUCUAUGAGGUCAUGGCAGUUGUUAACAGUAGACCACUCACUACUGAACAUCUCAACGAUCCGAAUACACUCGAACCUCUGACUCCUAACCACAUUCUGACAAUGAAGUCUACAAUUCUCAUGCCUCCUCCUGGAGAAUUUGUCAAAGAAGAUUUGUACCUGCAAAAAAGAUGGCGUCGAGUACAGUAUUUAGCCAAUCAGUUUUGGACUAGAUGGAGGAAAGAAUAUUUGUUAAACCUUCAACAAAGACAGAAGUGGUACAAGAACAGGAGGAAUUCAAAAAUCAAUGACAUUGUUCUUCUUCAUGAUGAUUCAGCACCACGCAAUCAAUGGAGGUUAGCCAGAGUCAGUGAGGUUUAUUCAGGAUCAGAUGGCAGAGUAAGAAAGCUAAGGUUGCAAGUUAGCGAUACCACACUUGACAGAGGUGGAAAGUCCACGAUUGGAACAGUAUUUCUUGAAAGACCAGUUCAUAAGGUUGUAACUUUGAUUGAGGCAGACUAAUAAUACUUAUGAGGUGUUGUUAAAGACAAAUUAAAGGACCUGAGAAAAAUCCCACAUUAAGAUUAGUGUGAUUUGGUGGGAGUGUAACGGUCAUUUGUUAGUCUGUUGUGUUUUGUUUAAUAAAUGUUGGUUAAGUUAUGAGAAGUUUAUUUUGAAGGUAAUUUUAUUUUGAAAAUACCGGAAGUGCUUACCUUGCUUAGCGCACAUUGUAUGGACAGAGAAGAGAGAUGCUGGAAGCAGGAGUAACAUGUUUGUAUCUAAAGAAUACCAGAUGUGGAUGAGAGGACACUAAGAGUAACUCCCAUCUCGGCAUGCAGCCAACGAGUUUUCACGGUGGAUUUGGAGAGACCAAAUAAACCCGUUAUGAGAACCAUUUGCGUCUGUAAAUGCCUGGUGUGGAGAAACAG